UGUUAUUUUUUUUUCUAAAUUUUUCUAAGAGAAUCAAAUUCCCAUUAAACGAUUUUUGGUUACAAAAAUAAAUGUAAAACAUGAAUCACAUUUGUCGGAUAUUUGGUCUGUAAUCCUGAUAUCUCGCGAUUCUUUCCCGUAAUCCUUCCUCACACUAUAAAACCCGCACCACCCGGCAUUCAUUCUGUAUCACAUCAUCUCACACACUCAACUCUUCUGAUCUCUCAAUCUCUCCGUCAGCAAUGGCGCUCCGGCGAACCCUAACUAAACGUCUCAUCAAAGACCAAACCCCCUUCAUAGAUCAUACACCUUUCACUUCUCUCUCAUCGCACAGAGCCUUAAAUGCAGCCAACUCGAAUCUCAAACGCGACCUGUUGACGUCGCCGGAGAACUCUUCCCCCACUGCGGAUGCUGGAUUCUUCCGGCGGUUUCUCCAGCGGAGAAAAAUCAACCAAUCGUCGACAAUGAGCCUACCGGAGUUGUUUUUAUUUCCGGUUGGCGAGAAACUGCGGGAGAAGCUGAACAUAUCUAACGGAGAACGUGUUAUGCUUGACGGACUAAGGAAUCCGGUAACGGAGCGUCCACCGGUUUCUAUCGAUUCCGUCGGAAUAUCAGUGAAUGAUGCGAGGAAGAUCCUGAGAUUUUCUCAGUUGCAGAAGGUGAGAUCUGCGUUGAAACAGAUCCCAACGAAUUCGAUUAGCUACUCCGAAUUUCUCACAGUCUGCAUUGACAUUUGUAAUAAUCACGAUCAAGGCGUAGAGUUCUCCAAAAUGUUGGAUGAAGCUGGAGACGUCAUUGUCUUGGGAAACGUCGUCUUCCUCCGUCCCGAUCAGUUGACAAAAUCAAUGGAGAAACUGAUAUCACAAUCCAUCGCCAUUCCAAACGACCCAAGAAAACAACAACUCGAAGAAUUAGAAACCCAAAAAGCUUUAAUCGAUCAAAAAUCAGUCUCCCAAGUUCGAGGUGAGCUCUAUUGUGGUCUCGGAUUUCUGGUAAUCCAAACAAUGGCGUUCAUGAGGUUAACAUUUUGGGAACUUAGUUGGGAUGUAAUGGAACCCAUCUGCUUCUUCUUCACAUCUUUCCACUUUGCACUCGCAUACAUGUUCUUCAUAAGAACAUCCAAAGAACCCACUUUUGAAGGCUACUUUCAACGUAGGUUUAAAACAAAGCAAAAGAAGCUUAUGGAGGUUUACAAUUUUGAUCUUGAAAAGUACAACCAACUUCGUAAGGCCUUUUAUCCUACAUGUGAAAAUUUAAGUUUUCAAGAUUUGGGUCAAGGAGGAAGGGGAAAUACAGUUUUUGGUUAAGUUAUAUGUAAAUAAUUGGAUUGUAGUAUGGAGUUCUUGUCUCUCCUUUUUUGAGUAAUGGGACUAAUCCUAUGCUUUUGACAUGAGGUUGUUAGGUGCAACAAUUAGCUUUUGUUGUAAGACAUAAGAGUUGAUGUAGAUUUGUAAUAUUAUAUAAUCAACCAACUUUGUUGAACAUGAAGAACAAGCUUUGUUGAAGUAA